AUGGCUAUGCAGUCAACGCAGCAUCUCCUUCUGCUGCUUCUGGCAAUGCUUUUGGCAGUAGAAACAGCAGCACAACCCCUUCCAAACUGCACAAGAAAAUGUGGUUCCCUUGAAAUUCCCUACCCAUUUGGUACAACCGAGGGUUGUUACCUUGACACCCCAUUCCUCAUCACAUGCAACCAAACUUCAGGUUCACCACCCACCCCAUUCUUGCAAGGUGGAAAAACAACAGUGCUAAACAUCUCACUCGAUGGUGAAUUGCGUAUCUCAUUGCAAUCAGCUAAAGAUUGCUACAAUGAUAGCGGAGAACCUACAAUUUCGGAAACCAGUGGCCUCAAGUUGAGUCACUUUCACAUCUCAUCAACCCGAAACAAAUUAACUGCCAUUGGUUGUGACACGCUUGGACUAAUAACUGGCCAUGGUUCACAGAAAGACUACAACACAGGAUGCGAGUCUUUUUGCAACAGUCUUGUUGAGAUCGUAGCUAAUGGUACUUGCACUGGCACUGGUUGUUGCGAAGCUUCUAUCCCCGAGGGACUAUCCACUGUCGUUUUUGAAUCUUCAAGCUCACAAAAAAGACACACUACUGUACACGACUUCAAUACAUGUGGUUAUGCGUUUUUGGUUGAAGAAGGAGCUUACAACUUCGUGUCCACAGAUAUUGUAAACUUGCAGAGGACAAUGUUUCCUGUGGUGGUGGAUUGGUCAGUGGGGAAACAAACAUGCGAGGAAGCAAAGAAAAACCUUUCUAGCUAUGCGUGUGUCGCAGAAAACAGUUACUGCUCCAAUUCAAAGAAUGGACCUGGCUACCGUUGCCACUGCUCUGAUGGUUUUCAGGGAAACCCUUACCUUCUUGAUGGCUGUGAAGAAAUUAAUAAAUGCUUGGAAUCCAACAAUUGCAUUGAUGGAGCAAUAUGCCACAACUUCCGCGGGGGCUACUAUUGUUCGUGCCCCAAAGGACACAAAGGAGAUGGGAAAAUUGAUGGAACCGGUUGCCUUCUCAAAUCAAGUACUAAUUCAAGGUCAUUUAUCAGUCUGAUAAUUGCAUUGGGUGUAGUGAUUAUAAUCGUAAUUUGUGUGUAUUGGUGGAUGAAGAACAGAAAGCUCUUCAAACGUAAAGAGAAAAUUUUUGCACAAAAUGGUGGCAUAUUGUUACAACAACUGUUAGCUAAGCAUGGAGGAUCAAGUGAAACAGCGAGAGUGUUUAGUGAGGAGGAACUCAAGGAGGCCACCAACAACUUUGAUGAACGAAGGGUCCUUGGCCAAGGGUAUUAUGGGAAAGUUUACAAAGGAGAAUUACUUGAUAACAGAAUGGUAGCUAUAAAAAGGUCCAAAAUCAAUAACCCAAUCCAGAUUGAGCAGUUCAUCAAUGAGGUAUAUGUGCUUUCCCAAAUCAACCAUAGGAACGUGGUAAAGCUCUUGGGGUGUUGUUUACAGACAGAACUUCCCUCGCUUGUCUAUGAAUUCAUUCCUAAUGGUACCAUUUCUCAGCAUCUUCAUGAUCAAACCCAAUCUUUUAUAAGACUCUCAUGGGAAACACGAUUGAGAAUAGCAACAGAAACUGCUGGAGCCCUUGCAUACUUGCAUUCUGCUGCUUCAACACCAAUCAUACACAGAGAUGUGAAAACUUCUAAUAUACUACUAGAUUCUGAUCUCACUGCAAAGGUUUCGGAUUUUGGAGCUUCAAGGUUUAUUCCUCUUGAUCAAACUGAGUUAACCACUUUUGUGCAAGGGACUCUAGGGUAUGUUGACCCUGAAUAUGUCAACACGGGCAAAUUAACUGUGAAGAGCGACGUUUAUAGCUUUGGGGUUGUUCUAGCAGAGCUAGUCACAGGUAAGAAGGCACUUUCUUUCAGCAGGCCUGAGAGUGAUACAAAUCUAGCAAUGUACUUUGUUUCUUCAAUGAAUGAUGGAAGGUUACUCGCAAUUGUGGAUAACAAAAUAAAAAAUGAGGCAAAUAUUCUUGAGCUUGAGCAAGUAUUGGAAGUUGCCAAUAUCACAAAACGUUGUUUAAGUGAGAAGGGUAAGAAAAGGCCUACCAUGAAGGAAGUGGCAAUGGAACUUGAAGGACUGAGAAUAUUAAUGAUAAAGAACAGACAGGAAAGUGUCGAAAUGUCUUCAGAUGAGACAGGGCACUUUCUCAAUGAUGAUUUGUUUCCUCACAAUGUUGACAUCGAAGCUGGAGUUGGUUCAAGUGGUGUAAAUUAUGGGAUGUAUAGCUUAAACCAGGUUUCCAUGAUAUUGAGUGGCGGAAGAUAA